AUGGCCGAAAAUGCUGGAACGAGUGGUACUACUUCAAACAACGGCAACAAUGUCGGCUUCAAAGAACAAGACCAGUUACUUCCCAUAGCUAACGUCGGUCGUAUAAUGAAACAAAUUCUCCCCCCAAAUGCAAAAAUCUCGAAAGAAGCCAAAGAAACUAUGCAAGAAUGUGCUUCAGAGUUCAUUAGCUUCGUCACCGGAGAAGCAUCGGAAAAGUGCAAGAAAGAACGGCGAAAGACCGUCAACGGAGACGACAUUUGUUGGGCUUUAGCUACACUAGGUUUGGACGAUUACGCUGUGCCGUUGAAAAGAUACUUGCUUAGGUAUAGAGAGCUUGAAGGUGAACAAAAACCAGCAGCAAAUCAUGAUAAGGUCGCCAUUGUUGAUAAUUGCAACGUUGAAGAUGGUGAUAAUAUGGGGCCAUUCAUUUGAAGGUUCAUACAGGGCGGAUAUAGGGUUUUACUUAAAACGAAAUAUCUUUUUUUUUUUUUUUUUAGAUUGUGGGUAUUUGAUUUUAGACUUUCAUUUGUUGAGUUUUGCUUUAAUUUCAUGUAUGGAG